AUGGCAGCUUUCUAUAGAUCUUAUACAACGCAGCUGAUUAUGGCAGUUCCAUUCCAAUCCAUUCAUUUUAUGACCUAUGAGUUCUGGCAACAGAUCCUGAACCCGAAACACCAGUAUGAUCCAAAAUCACAUCUAAUUGCUGGUGGUUUUGCUGGUGGAUUAGCAGCUAUGAUAACGACGCCACUGGAUUGUGUGAAAACUGUGUUGAUACGCAAGCAAACCCCAGAAAAUUGCCUGUCAGGAAGGAAAUUCUUCUUAAGGUAA